AAGGAAACGUAGGUGUGUGAGUUUAUUUGAAGGUGUAUUAUUGUUGUUGUUAUUAUUAUUGUUAUUCGUUUCUUUUACUCAAAAUAUCAAGAUACAUUUAUAAAAAAAGGAAAGUUAGCAUGAUUUUAUUUUUAUACGUUAUGCAUAAUUGCUUGAUUUAUUCAAUCAGUAACAAAACCUGUACUCAGUGAAUGCAGCGUUAAACAAGGAAGCGUUUUAUUUCAGAUUCAAAGAAACCUAAAUGCAAACUUGCUAAAAUUACGCUACAAUUACUAAAUAUUCUUAUUAAUAUCUUACGAAACUAGUCAAAUGUUAUGGUAUCUACAUAAGAGUGAAUGCAGGCGUUUGAAAAAAUGCUUGAGAAAACCUUUUCCUUGAAGCUUACAUGACAACACAAGAACUUAUCUUCUGACUUCGGCACAACAAUAUCGGCAAUGCGGCGAGUUGCGUCUGUUCCUUUUCUUAGUGUUUUGAGUGCAACAAUAUGUUGCUUUUUGUCGGAAAACACACCAAAUACCUCAUCUCCAAAUAUUAUCAUCAUGCUCAUGGAUGACAUGGGCUGGGGGGAUUUGGGGGUGUUUGGCCAGCCUUCCAAGGAGACCCCCAAUCUGGAUGCCAUGGCUGCUCAGGGAAUUCUCUUUCCAGACUUCUACACUGCCAACCCACUUUGUUCACCAUCCAGAGCUGCACUUCUCACUGGAAGGCUUCCUAUCAGGAAUGGGUUCUACACAACUAACGGUCAUGCCAGAAAUGCUUACACACCACAGGAGAUAGUGGGAGGAAUCUCCAAGGAUGAGAUUUUGUUACCUCAGUUGCUAAAGGAGAAGGGUUAUGUCAACAAAAUAGUUGGCAAAUGGCAUCUAGGCCACAGACCACAGUAUCUUCCUCUGGAGAACGGUUUUGAUGAAUGGUUUGGUGCACCAAACUGCCACUUUGGUCCCUAUAACAACACCGUCAGACCCAACAUCCCUGUCUACAACAACUCUGAGAUGCUUGGGAGAUACUUUGAGGAAUUUAAGAUAGAUAAAAAGACCGGGGAGUCAAACCUCACACAGAUGUAUUUGGAGGCGGGUCUAGACUUCAUAAGUCGUCAAGCUGAAGCCAAGCGGCCCUUCUUCCUCUACUGGGCAGCUGAUGCUACUCACUCCCCCGUUUAUGCCUCCAAGCCCUUCUUAGGGAAGAGCCAGCGAGGCCGCUAUGGAGAUGCAGUAAUGGAGCUGGACUACAGCGUUGGUCGGAUCUUGACGAAGCUGCAACGUCUAGGCAUCGACAACAACACUUUUGUCUUCUUCACCUCAGACAACGGGGCAGCUCUGAUGUCUGGCCCAAAUGAAGGUGGAAGCAACGGGCCAUUCCUCUGUGGGAAGGAAACCACCUUUGAGGGGGGCAUGAGAGAACCUGCCAUUGCCUGGUGGCCUGGACGCAUCAAAGGAGGCACUGUGAGUUUCCAGCCUGCCAAUGUCAUGGAUCUGUUUACCACCAGCCUGGCUCUCGCCGGCAUCGGUCCUCCUGGUGACCGAGUUCUGGAUGGACUGGACCUGACGCCUGUCCUGUUCAACCACUCCCAUACUCUCCAAAGCAGGCCAAUCUUCUUUUACCGCGGGAAUGAGCUGAUGGCUGUGAGGCUUGGACAAUACAAGGCACAUUACUGGACCUGGAGCAAUUCAUGGGAGGAGUUCAAACAGGGUGUAAACUUUUGUCCUGGGCAGGAGGUCGCCGGUGUGACCACCCAUGAACAAAAAGAGCACACUCAACAGCCAAUCAUUUUCCACUUGGGGCGGGACCCUGGAGAAAAGUACCCUCUGAGUGUUUUGAGUAAGGAGUACCAGGAUGCUUCAAACUGGAUCUCUAUUGUGGUGCAGAAGCACAAGGAAACUUUGGUCCCUGGAAUGCCCCAGCUUAACAUGUGUGACAUGGCAGUGAUGAAUUGGGCGCCUGCUGGCUGUGAGAAGUUAGGAAAGUGUUUGAAAGUUCCUAAGUCUGAACCCUGGAAGUGUGACUGGCCUCACUAGGGCAAAAGCAGAGAACGAAGAUCUUAAAAGGAAAACUUGAUGACAAAAAGAGGAGAAAUUAGUUCACAUUAAAGUAAUUACAUGUUAAUUUGCAUUUAAUUUUGCAUUUUUGUUAUUUGCAGAGCAACCUCUCUUUUCAGUCUACACUUCAUAAAAUUGGGAAAAAGGGAAAAAUUGGCCCUUUUAUUCUGAAUAUUCGAUUAGGUUCAAACUUUGUAAAAAGAUUUUUCAUUUACCCUGCGACAGACUGGUGAACUGUCCAGGGUGUCCCCUGCCUUCCCUCACAAGUGGCCGGGAUAGGCUCCGGCAUUUUUCAUUUACUUUUUACUUUUUUCCCUAAAGAUUUUUUAUUUUUUAAUAAAAUGAAUUCAUAAAAUCAAAGCUGCAUUAACACCUUCAU